AUGGCGCUGCGUCAGAAGGGCCCUACGCUCGUGGGCGUCCUGUGGAUGGAAGUAUUCCUGUGUCUUCUCAUCCUGUGUGCGCGAUUGUAUACGCGGUUCAUGAUCCUGCGGAAUACGGGGUGGGAUGAUUUGCUUCUUGUGUUGACAUGGGUGCUGAUGGUCGCUUUUGCUGCACUCUGUACCGUAUCCGCGACGUACGGGAUGGGCGUGCACGCCGACGAGCUCUCGCUGCACCAGAACAGCCAUGGCAUGUUGCUGCUUCUGGUUGGUCAGACGGUCAUUGCGAUCGCGAUGGGCCUGAGCAAGUGCGCGGUGACGGCGUUUCUCAUGAGGAUUGUUGUCAAUAAAUGGGUCCGCCGGAAUAGGCACAAGGCGUUUCUGUGGUUCUGGAAUAUAACGAUCAUGGCGUUGAGCUUGUUGCUGGCGAUCAGUGUCUUUGCGCAAUGCACGCCUGUCCAGUCGAUCUGGGACUCGACCAUUCCGCAGCAGAGCUGUCCGCUGGAUCUCACGCAGAUUGCAACGGUGAUGUGUGCAUGGUCUGCCGUCCUUGACUUCGUCCUCGCCCUGUUCCCGUGGUAUGCGCUCUGGAACCUGAACAUCAAGCGCAAGGAGAAGAUCACAAUCUGCAUGUCGCUGAGUCUGGGAAUCUUUGCCGGAAUCUGCGGCGUCAUCCGAACAACCAGUCUAGGCGCCCUGAAAGUCUCAACGGACUACCUCUACGCAACAACCGACUCCGUCAUCUGGACAAACUCCGAGCUCACCACCACAAUCCUCUGCGUCUCCGCCCCCGCCCUACGCCCCCUCUACCGCUCCCUCCGCGGCCAGGUCUCCUCAAAAGACGCCUCGAACUACAACAACAUCAACGGCUCCUCCUACGGCAAGACCACGGGCAACAGGACAAGGAAGGAAAGCUACGGGAUGGAUACACUGGUGACAUCUGUCGUGCCGAAGGGCCACGAGCGCGGCGAUAGCAGCAGCGACGGGGUAAAGGGCGACGAGGAGGACGUGGAUACGAGGCAUAUCUUGUCACCGAGGCCGUCCGGUGCGGUUGGUGAGAAUCGUAAUAUUUACCAGACGCGCGAGGUCAUUGUUUCGUAUGAAGAGCGCAGGCCUGGGGACGUCGGGGAGGGGGGAUCCGUGGGCUCGUUGGGGAACGAGGGGUUGGCGAGCCCCGUUGUGCCGGUUAGGGUGAGGCAGCAUCUUUGA